AACUCCUCCCCUGUCAUAUGAAAAAUCCCACACCAACCAAAACAGUACUACUCCAUUAUCACCCCAACUCCAUCAAAAAUCCAAAUCCAUAACCAAAACCAAAACUGAACCUUUCUUCUCUACCAUAACACAUACAAUUCUGUCUUCUCUCUCUUUCUCUCAUGGAGAAGAAAAACCCACUGAAAGAUGAGGCAAUUCUGCAGCACCCAAUACUUCUCCUCCUGGUUCUGAUAAUGGGUUUUGUAAUCAUGGACCCAUUUCAAAUGAGUCCAGUUGGGGGGCAUGAGUUUAGGCCUGUGAAGCACAGUGUUGCUCCAUACAAGCAAGUGAUGGAGAAUUGGCCAAGAGACAAUCAGAGCAGGUUAGGACUUGGGAAGUUGGAGUUUGCAGACCAAGUGUUUGGGCCCGAGUCUUUGGAGUUUGAUCCUUCGGGGCGUGGCCCUUACACAGGGUUAGCUGAUGGUCGCGUUGUCAGAUGGAUGGGCAAGGAUGCUGGCUGGGAGACUUUUGCCCUUGUCACUACUAAUUGGUCGGAGAAGGUUUGUGCAAAAGGUGUGGACUCGACCACGGCGAAGCAAUGGAAAGUAGAGAAAAAAUGCGGAAGACCACUUGGCCUGAGGUUUGACAAACAUAGUGGAGAUUUAUAUAUUGCUGAUUCAUAUUAUGGCCUUCUGGUUGUUGGACCUGAAGGAGGGUUUGCCACUCCAUUAGCAACUCAUGUGGAAGGGAAGCCUAUACUCUUUGCAAAUGACCUUGACAUUCAUAGUAAUGGUUCCAUUUUCUUCACAGACACCAGCAAGAGAUACAACAGAGUGAAUCAUUUCUUUAUACUACUGGAAGGAGAAUCAACUGGUAGGCUUCUUAGAUAUGAUCCUCCAACUAAAACAACUCAUAUUGUUUUGGAUGGUUUGGCAUUUCCAAAUGGGGUUCAGCUGUCAAGGGACCAGACCUUCCUCCUUUUUACUGAGACUACCAACUGCAGGCUAAUGAAGUACUGGCUUGAAGGUCCAAAAACUGGACUUGUCGAACGUGUUGCUGACCUGCCAGGUUUUCCAGACAACGUAAGAAUAAAUGAGAAAGGCCAGUUCUGGGUUGCUAUAGAUUGUUGCAGGACUGCAGCACAAGAAGUUCUUUCUCACAAUCCAUGGAUAAAGAGUAUCUACUUUCGACUGCCAAUCCGAAUGAGCUUAUUAGCAAGACUAAUGGGGAUGAAAAUGUACACUGUAAUCUCGCUGUUCGAUGAGAAGGGAGAGAUUUUAGAAGUCUUGGAGGAUAGGAAAGGUGUGGUGAUGAAACUGGUGAGUGAAGUUAGAGAAGUGAAAGGGAAACUGUGGAUUGGAACUGUGGCACAUAACCACAUUGCCACCCUCCCUUACCCUUAAAUUAAGAUCAUUUGGGCAACAGAUUUUCAUGUUGUAGUUCAUAUUUGUUUUAGCAUUAGCAUUUAAAAGGGUAGUUCGGAGUUUAUGAAUUCUGUAACGACAAUGAUAAUCAGCUAAACAUUUGAAGCUGGUUCUAAUUUGUAGCCUUUCCCUGUAGCUUUUUCCUGCUGCUUUAUGACUAAUAAUUAAUGAGGCAUAACUUAUGAAGUACU